ACCCAUUUAUGUUUUACAUACUCAGCAGGGCACUUACUUCUGAACUGACUGCCUUGAGCAAAAUCAGAAAAAAGAAGACGAAAUAGGGUGUGCAGAAUAAGCGGGAAACCAAAAACACAGAGAGAGAUGACGGAGAAAGGUAAAGGAGGAAGGAGUGGAAAGGGUGGAGAGCUAACAGUGGACGAGAAGUACACCCAGUGGAAAUCUUUGGUACCCAUUCUCUACGAUUGGCUCGCUAACCACAAUCUUGUUUGGCCUUCUCUUUCUUGCCGAUGGGGUCCACUUCUUGAGCAAGCCACCUACAAGAAUCGGCAGCGUCUUUAUCUCUCUGAACAGACUGAUGGGAGUGUUCCAAAUACACUUGUUAUUGCAAACGUUGAAGUUGUUAAGCCUAGGGUUGCUGCUGCAGAGCAUAUAUCUCAGUUUAAUGAAGAGGCUCGCUCUCCAUUUGUAAAGAAGUUCAAAACCAUCAUACAUCCAGGGGAGGUGAACAGGAUCAGAGAACUUCCGCAGAAUAGUAACAUAGUGGCUACACACACUGAUAGCCCUGACGUAUUAAUUUGGGAUGUGGAAAAUCAACCUAGUCGUCAUGCUAUUCUGGGAGCUCCUAGCUCUCGUCCCGAUCUGAUAUUGACUGGACACCAGGAAAAUGCUGAAUUUGCUCUUGCAAUGUGCUCUUAUGAACCAUUGGUGCUUUCUGGAGGGAAGGAUAAAUUAGUGGUUUUGUGGAAUAUAAAUGAUCAUAUAUCAACGCUGGCAACAGAACCAGGGGCCGCAAAAUCUGCUUCCACUGGCAGCAAUAUCAAAUCAGCAUCUAGGACUGGCGAUGGAAAUAAUGGAACUGCAGCUAGUCCUUCCGUGGAAGCACGGGGCAUUUAUAAGGGACAUGAUGAUACUGUGGAGGAUGUGCAAUUUUGUCCCACAAGUGCUCAGCAGUUUUGCAGUGUGGGUGAUGAUUCUUGCUUGAUACUAUGGGAUUCAAGAACUGGAUUGACUCCAGCUACUAAGGUUGAAAAGGCCCAUAAUGCUGAUCUACAUUGUGUUGACUGGAACCCUCAUGAUGAAAAUUUCAUAUUGACUGGAUCAGCUGAUAGUUCAAUCCACAUGUUUGAUCGGAGAAAUCUCACUGCGGGGGGAGUUGGAGCACCUGUCCAUAAAUUUCAAGGCCACAACGAUCCUGUCCUUUGUGUACAGUGGUCACCACAUAAUAGAUCAGUUUUUGGCAGUGCUGCUGAGGAUGGCCUGUUGAACAUAUGGGAUUAUGAAAGGACUGGUAAACUGCAAACAGAGAGUGGAAACAAAGCGUCGGAGUAUCCAGCAGGUUUGUUUUUCAGGCAUGCAGGACACAGGGACAAAGUGGUUGACUUCCACUGGAAUUCGAUUGAUCCAUGGACUAUUGUCAGUGUUUCGGACGAUUGCUCAAGCUCUGCUGGAGGUGGAACAUUGCAGAUGUGGCGCAUUAUUGAUUUGCUUUACCGACCAGAAGAUGAAGUCCUGGCGGAGUUGGACAAGUUCCGAUCCCAUGUAACCACAUGCUCCUCCUAGAUCUUCAAGGAUAUUAGAAUAGCUUAGGCUGACAAGAAAUGGUUUAACCAUGGAAGAGGGUGCAGAUAUCAUGAAACCUUUAUUUUAUUUUUUGGUUUUUUCUGGGUGAAAAAGUUUCUCACUGUUUGACCCUUUCACGAAUGUAACCUUGAAUAUUGUAGUUUCUAGCCUAUUCCUCCUAAAUCUGAUAUUCUCAUAAGGACUUUCACAAUGCGUCCAAAAUCAAUGGUCACAUAUACUGUACUGAAUUGCAGAUAUGUUCAGAAACUUAUUAAGUAUUAGGUGCGCCUUGCUUCGUGUCGAGUUAAACCAUUCAUGAAUGCUGAACUAUGUUUGAUCACUCUUCUAGAUCUACAUCUGAAAAUAAAGAAAUGUAAAUAUAGAAUACUGGUCUAAGAAUAAAAUGUUUAGAAUAAUGUAAUUAGUACGGAUUACAAGUUUUAGUACACUCUUAUAAAAGUAAAUUGGGAAAGUAAAUGUAUGAUUAUGAGGUGGAGAAGAUUAGGGCGUAGUGCCACGCGCUGCUAGGGCCCACCUGACAGUGGCAUAAGCAUAUGUAUUUGUUGUUCAUAUUCUUUGCUUUUGAUGAUUGGGCGGCUACUUGAAUGUCAUGCUACCAAAGUCGGUGCAGAAAGGUUGUAGAAUUAUCAUCUCUUUACAUUUUCCAUUUCAUUUGAAACCACCUCCCCACCCCUUUUAUUUUUUUUCUAUUUUAUUUUAAAAUAAUUC